AUGAGAAUACCAGGUUUGAACGCAUGGAGAAAUGCAAAAGUUGCCGAAUUAACUAAAAAACAUUCUAAUUUACCAGAAAGAUAUAUCAAGAAAACAUUAGAAGAAAUUCAAUAUAAACCUCCUAAACUACCCAAUUAUAGACAAAUAUACAUAAAAAGAAUUAAAAAUAAUUUUACUAUUCAUGAACCAUGGUCAAUGGAAUUUCAGACUGCAAAUAUUGAGAAUGCUAAAUUUAAAAAAGUAUGGAUUGAGCCUAUUAAAGAAUGGAGUGUAUUCAGAGGUGACAGAGUUGAAGUAUUAGUUGGUAAAGAUAAAGGAAAACAGGGAAUAGUUUGUGAAAUAAUACAGGAAAGGAAUUGGGUUUUAGUCGAAGGUCUUAACACAUACCUUAAAUUAGUUGGAAAAACAAAAAAUUUUCCUGGUAUGCUUGUCAAAGCUGAAGCUCCUCUUUUAGUUACAUCAGAAAUUGCAUUAGUCGAUCCGAAUGAUUUAAAACCUACAAAAAUUUUAUGGAGGUACGAUGAAAAAGGAGAGAAAGUUAGAGUAUCGGAAAGAACAGGUAGAAUUAUUCCGAUGCCACUUUUAGAAGAGGAAACCUAUGAUUACAAAACGAAACAAACUUACCAAGAGAAAAAAAAGGACACAACAGCUAAAGAAGUAACCAAAAUAACUUUUGUACCGACUCUACAAACUUUCGAAAUGAGUUUAAUGGAAGAAUAUAACAUAGAAGAAAAUAGAAUUCCAAAAAAAGUUUAUUGGUAUUAA